GCAACGUACACGAUGCCUCAUCUGCUACGCCAGAAUCUGUUGCUGCCCGCACCGCCGACAGUCGCGCUGCACGAUCCUCGCACCCAUCUGCGACACCUGCCGCCGGCCUAUAGCAACGCUCAGACGCCCUACAGUCGGGACAAGGAUUUCGCACCUCAGCUGCGCUAUCAACUGGACCUGCCGAAGAAACCAAAGCUGAGACCCUGCAAGGUCAUCUUCGUGGGUGACUGUGCUGUGGGCAAAACGGCCAUGGUGAAUCGCUUCUGCUAUGACAAAUUCCAGUCUAACUAUAAAGCCACAAUUGGCGUUGAUUUCGAGCUAGAGAACUUUAGUAUACUGGGUCACAAUUUCAGCCUGGAAAUGUGGGACACGGCUGGCCAGGAGCGCUUCAAGUGCAUAGCGGGCGCCUAUUAUCGCAAUGCCAGUGUUAUUGUAGCCACCUAUGACAUGUCCAAACGGGAAUCACUGGAAGCCGCCAAGAAAUGGCUUUCGAGCGCUUUGAAUUACAAUACAGCACAGAAACCCUUAGUAUUUCUAGUGGGCACAAAGGCAGAUCUAUUGACCAAAGAGGAGUUCGUGAGAAUGGAGCGUAUUGCUGGACUUGCAGCAGCGGAGGUAAAGGCGGAAUUUUGGUCCGUAUCGGCACGUUCCGGUUAUAAAAUAACAGAGUUUUUUCAACGUUUGGCUGCUUUGGCUUUCGAAACAGCCGUGCAGCAACAGUUGAAAGUCCUACAAGCCACAGCAAAGGAGCAGACAACACAAACACAAGAAAAGUCGCAAAAAUUUGAUUUACGCAAUUACUUUGGCAGUCGCUCUGGCAAGCAAAAAAGUGGCUGUGCCUGCUGAUAAACUGGUACCAAUUUUAUGUUACUUCAAUAAAUAAACUUUAACACAAAUAUUCAUAGAAUCUUAAAAUCAACCGUUUUUAAUUUGAAACUAAAAAUAACAGAGUUGCCGCUUGAUUUUGCUGCGUUGCCAUCAAGCUGCCACACUGUUUCAACAUCACACUAUUUGGCGUUGCCA